AUGGCCAACGGACGAGAUUCCAGGUUGGUGAAAACUAAAACAAUACCAAUAUGGUUGGCGAAUGGCAAUUCCGCAUUCUUUCAUUUGUCUUCCUUUGAAUAAUAAAGAAAAUUAGCUGCACGAAAGUCUAGUUCGCGUUCCUAAUAGCUUUACUUCUUAGCUCUACCUUUUUCUUUUCUUGCCAAUGAUGCGAUGACCAAAGCUAUCAUGCGUUUAAAAGUGUCCAUAACAGGUGUUUGUUUAAAAAUAACGGUUGCAUUUUUCAAUUUAGCCGAAAACUUGCAUGACAGUGCUAAAAUUUUGAACUCUUUACGACAUCAUGAAAUUGCUUUUAAGUUGCAGUUUCAACCUUGUUUUUUAGAUAGCGAAGCAAGCAACCAGUCAGCGGCACGCUUCGAAGAUAGCCACGAUUUCUUUACAAUGCAACCCCAGGAAAGGGCUAUCGUGUUAAAACUGAAAGAGGUAUCGCUUGUACAAUAUUCUGGCAUGGCUUUCAACUGGAGUUCUAACUCUUCUUCCUUAAAUUUUACCAUGGAUUACAGCAUAGACGGCUUUCACUGGAUCGACUACGUUGAGGACGAACGAGUAAAGGUAAAAAUGAAUAAAAAGUUUCUCAUUGAAUAAGUCUCAGAAAAAGGCGAGAAAUCUUCCAGUACUUCUCACUUUAACAAACAGCUCGGUUGUGUGAUGCACAAUUUAAAAUUAUGGGAAAACGUUAUAAGUAUGGGUGACGAUCGUAGGAAAUGAUGCAUCAAAAAAAUCUGGGACAUUUCGCGAUAUAAGAAAGAAGCCUCUGCCUCCUUCUCCAAAGGACGACGGAGCGUGUGGAGUUUCCAUUUUUGAUUUCUACCAAUUAGAAAGUUGCAUCUAUCCAUAUAUGUGUCCAUCAAAAGACCUAACGAACAAAAGGUCUAUCGAAAUCACGCACUUAAGGCAACUGGCGUCGGGAGAGUCAUGGCUUGGUUGUCGUUGCAAACAAGGAAUUUUUCUUCUUUUCUUAAGAUCAUCUUACGCUUCUUUGAUUACUUAUUUUCACAAUUUUUUUAAGCGACUGAUUUACUUUGAUUCGAAAAGUAUGAGCUUGAUGUAAUGAAUGUCGCAUGCUUCUUACAUGUAUUUAUACCAUGGGGUACGAUUCUUUUCAGGUUUUCCAAGUCCACCGCUACCAUCCAACAGCAUGUUUGUGCCGUAAGGUGCUCGCCAGGUACAUUAGGAUAAAGUUAACAGGAAAAUCAGAGUUUGCACCUUGGCUGAGUGGGUAUUUGGAUGCAACAUUUUGUUCAAUUACGGCUGAAGGUUGGUUUCACUCAAUUUAUUGGCAACUUCUUCCCAUCAUCAUACAAAUUUGUGCGCCGUCCGUGUUACCGGCAUCAUAUUUUGCUAGACAAUAUUUAGGAUAGUACGUGCAUCCUCAUUGGUCGAUUAGAGUGGGCCGAUGAGAGUAUGUUAAGCAAUUGGGGACCACUUCGUAUUCACAUCUUAUCACUGGAGGGCAGGGUUGGAGAAUUCUCGGAGGUUAUGCAAACCCCGACUUCGGCUCAGGUUCGCACACCUGUCUCGAAUUUCUUUAAACCUUCUCGUGCCGGUGAGAUGAGGUCAGACGAAUAAAGCCCUAUAUAACUUAAUAUUUGAAUUCCUCACAAGCAGAUAAAUAUUUACUAUUUAAUUGGUCUUGAAACAAGCUUAGAGCUAAUUCUACGCAUUCUUUUCCCUCCUGUAUCGGAGUAGGACAUACCUAAUUUUAGUUCGAGUGGGUCAAAUAUGUAACCAGAAAGUGUGAAUCCUAUAGCUCUCGAAUCCUACACUAAGUUUAUCAUUUCAGAUUGUUGAAAACCGUUAGAAACCGUCCACUACAUCUUAAACUUUAAUAAAUAAAUACAGGUGCUGAUGGAUCGGAAAAUUAUUGCAAAUCUCUCGGCAUGGAGAGCGGCGCAAUCACCGAUGAGCAACUUAAAGCCUCCUCAUCUUCUGAGAAAUGCGAACCUGACCGAGGAAGGUUACACUUAAAAGACGCUGGUAGUCCCAAGCAAGGGGCUUGGUCUUCUCACACAGUUGAUGAAAAUCAGUGGCUACAGAUUAAUCUUCUUGAGGUCCACACUGUAACGGGUGUUGCUACACAAGGACGAAAUGGUCGUGACGACAUGUGGGUGAAAACAUACAAACUUCAGUAUAGAAACGACGGAGGGAGUUUUCAGUACUACAGGGAAGCCAGCGGAAAUACUGAUAAGGUGAGACACAACUUGCAUAAUUCCUUCAUAAAAUCUCCUUCAGAAUGCAACAUAUUUUAUUUGAUGGGUUCUGUUAAGCUGACGGGGUGGUUUCUGUAACUGAUUCAUUCUACUUGAUAAGUUCUUGGCGCAAACAGCUUCGCACGCCACCAUAAGCUUCGGGAAUCGCCUGACCUUAAAAGCUGUCGAGCGGAGUGCAUCUGUGCAAACUCGUGAUGCGCCUCCGAAGGGGUGGAAAACUGUGGAUAAACUGUUCUUAAAAAUUUUUGUAUUUUUCUAGAGUUGUAUUUAUAAUGGUAAAUAAUGUUUGAAAAAUAGCUUCGAGUGCAUUUUGCAUGCCUAUGAAAAGAUAAUGAAUAUUUCCCGCAUUAGGAAAUAAGGACAAGAAGACUUAAAUGUUAAUCAUUAUUUUGUUGCAUUUUCCUUCCAACUCUUUUAGCUUUUCUGUGGAAAUAAUGACUCAGACACGGUUGUUUAUCACGACCUACAUCCACCAAUCAAAGCACAAUACAUCCGCUUUCGACCAAUAGAGUGGCAAGAGCGUCCAUCGUUGAGGGUUGAGCUUUACGGUAACGAAGGAUAGAGCAUCGGAAAAGUGAUGGGGACAGGGCAGGGCAAAAGAAAAAAUUAAUUCCCAGAAAAUUAUUCCAAAAAAAUAUGCCCGUGGAUUUAGCGAAGAAACUCUACGUAACGACGACACAUUAGGUCUCUAGAAGAAACAUUACUCUUGCAUCACCCAAAAUUUCCGCUCCACCGCUCCCACAUCACUUUUCUGAUUUGUAAAGCUUACUGUUGAAGCAAAGUGACCAGGUUUUAAGAGAACCUGAAAUUUCGUAGCCUUCAUGGAAAUCUAGUUUACUAAGCUAGUUACCAAGGAGUUCACACACCUGUGAAGUAAAGCAUUUUUUCUGUGUUUAAGAAGGUUCCACUCCUGUUAUAAGCUGUUCGAAUUUUUCUUUUUAUGAGUGCAUCUCAGUUGCAGCCAAAAUGUGCCCAAUUAAUAUUUUCGAUUCGUAAUACGUAAGUAACUCUCUCAGCUUCCAAGUCCUCAGUCAAACAGUGGACUUUUUUGUGAAGGGCUGACUAAGUUAUUGAAGUAAUUAUUACUUCCAUAUAUACCAUCAGAUAUAGUUCAUGAAAACUCUGCUUUAAAUCUAAUCGUUUAGGAGAGACAACAGAACAUCGAACACAAACACGGAAAAGGUAUUCGACUGGCCUUUGUGAAAUGCGCAAGAAAUACAAUCUAAAUAUGACUGCGUCAGCUGUUGGUAAGACUGUAAAAAAUGACUAGUUUACUCUCUGUAUCGAAGACGAUUUCAUUGUAAUUAUUUAACAAGCUGAGAGCCCCCCCUCCUCUAAGUGAUCCCUUAAUUAAGGUAGCGCCUAUUUCUUUAAAAUUUUGCGAAAGGCGGAAAUUGAACAUAUUCUCUGAAUAAAACUCCCUCAUGAGAAGAAAGCUCUCCUUGAAAAUUUUGUGACCUCUUUGUUUGAUGUAUCAUGAAAACGCAAUGUCUUCAGCUUUUUGUAAGUGGAUUUUAAUCCAGUUGUCCUUGGUUCACACCUGCCACUCUAAAGGAUCUUUUUUCGGUUACCCCAAGUUCUACUGUUUGACUGCAAUCUAUGAAAAGCCAACUGUUCCACCCGGCUAUAGUUUGAUGACCUAUUUUAUAAUCUGUUCAUUUAUAGAUUUAAGGAACUACACGAGGCUAUACCUAGGUUGCCAUUGGGUAAACAUGAGCGCAGGAGAGCUCUUCCCCUCUGGACUCCCAAGUUACACUGAAACCGACGAAAGAAUCUGUAUUAAAACAUGCUCCAUGUUGAAUUACAACUACUCAGCGAUUCAGUCAGGACUCAUGUGUUUCUGUUCAAAUAAGUUAACCUCAAAUCUCACCGACAACCAAACGGAUUGCCUAGUACCAUUCUUCUCGGACAAGUGGUAUUUAAGUGAAGUUGCUAUGCGCUUUUAUCGAGUUCCAACAGAAAAUGUCAAAGUGGAGAAAUUUAGUCUUUCCCAUCAUAGAAGAAGGAUUGGCGAAGGUUUCAACAUCAGCGCCUCAGUGAACAGUGACAACAUGGGAUUGGUUAAGUUCACGGUCCAAUCCGGAGACGGAAAUGAAUACAUUUUCUGCUAUCCAAAAAUGAGACACUUCUAUACAAAUCCUGGCAAUUACAGAGUUUCUUUGAUCGUCAAAGACAUCAAAGGCAAUACCUUAACGUUCACAGACUCGGUCGAAGUCGCUGAUAAUCUUACAAAACCAGAAUUGGAGUGUCCAAGAGCAGUACCACAAGGAGAGGCGGUAGAAUGCAAAAUAAAACUUGCUCGAGCCCUCAACGUCACAGGGAAGGUUACUGUGGAAAACAGAGAGAUCACGCUACAUCAAUGUUCAGGUUAGGUUUAAGCCAGGGAGCGCCUCUCCCUAAGACCCCCGACAACCACCUACUGGGAAAACAGGAAAAAAUCACUAGGAGAUAAUGAGAACUCAAAGUAAAAACGACUCAAUAGCGAAAAGUAUGUGCUAAGAUGGCUAUAUCUUGAUCAAAUGUUUUGUCUCUUCCUAAGAAACGAUCGUCAAUGCGGUUCUCUUUUUAUCUUUAACCAGAUACCCGGAUGAGCAGUUUCGGUGCAGACGUAGCCCGCUAUUUUCCAGAACCCAACACCAUGCUCGAAAAAUUACUAAAGAAGCCGAAACGGAUCUACAUCCUCACAAAGCACAGUGUACAAGGAGAAGGUUACGUGGCUGGGCUUGAGUUUAAUGUUAUCCAACCGGGUCCGAUUCGAGUCCUCGUAAGUGCCGUUGAAAAUAAAUUAGUAGAUACAUGAGAUAAUUUUGCCCCAAUGUACUCAAGAGGAAUUAGAAGACGUAUGUUAUUGGUACCUUCUCUGAAAUAACAAACCUUGGCUCAUUAAUGUUUUAAAAUACUCUUCAUGGAAUCAAUUUUCAAAACAGUUUCCCAAGAGAGAGUUAUUCCCAUUGUGUUCCAGAUGUUUGAGUGAAGUAAUGAGCUUUCUCAAUACUACCAAGAAAUAAGCGAUAACAAAAUUGAAUAGAAUUAUCCUUUUCAUUAAGAAAGAGCUAAAGAGGAAUCACGGAGAAAACUUCGACAGAAUAUCGACGAGAAACUUGGUAUCUUAGUUAAGAAUAAUCAUGAAGAACUACCGAUGAACUAUCGCUAAGCUAAUACUGUCACUUUUAAUAUUAGAUUCUGAGGCGUGUGGAUAAAGUACAAACUUUAGCAUACUCUUGGAAAAGUGGAAUCAUCUGCUCAAAUUCAGAAAAGCUAUUCAUGGACUAUGGCUCUUGUUGCUCUACUUCAUGUAGUUCGAUGAGAAACAAUCUGGGAUCAGUAGCAAAUCUGCAGUUUGUCAUCGUCAAUGAAGUCAUCGUGGCCCAGAAUAUGAGUGCAGGAUAUCACUUUGUGGACUUUACCAACAUCACUAAGUUAAAAGUGCUUCCUGGGGACAUGAUUGGCUGGUACAGCAGCGACUUGUUUGGUAAAAUUGGAUUUGUUGAGGAAACUACGGACGAGCAAUGUCUUGUAUACGAGGGAAUUGAGGAUGGUGGUAUGAUAGGGCAAAAGCUGACCAAUCGCGUCCAAGACUUCAAUUCCAACUUUAGUUUUGCACUAAGAGCAAAUUUUGUUCCAAAAGCGCUCUCAGAAGUGUCAUUCAAACUUGAAGAAAUAGGCCCACACAAACUUGUUGUUGAAGUAACAGACAAGUUUGGCAAUAUGGCAAAAAUGACAAGUGGAAACAUAUUGUGUCAGCGUGCAGUGCAAGGACUCUCAAUAGACGUACCUGAGGUUGCCUUGGUCGGUCAAGUUGUUUUCGGAGUAAAUGUCACCAACGGAACAAAUGUGAGAUAUACUAUAAACUCCGGGGAUGGCCGAGUGAUUAAUCAGUCCGAGAAUAUUGUGAAACUCAAUUGCACCACACCAGGGGUCCGUGACAUCUCUGUUAUAGCCUUCAAUGACGUUAGUGUGGCUAUCGGUGAGUGCAAAGGGCUGGUUAUAUUAAGUGAAGUAGAAAAUAUCACCAUUCAAGCAGAAGAAGUUGUCGCCACUAAUGAUACUUUCACGAUCAAAGUCACUAUUCGCCGGGGUACUGCUGUCCAUUUGAAUGUUUCCUUUGGAGAUGAUUCUCCAGGUUUUAAUAUAAGCAACUUUGACGUGAAUAACACUUUUACAGUCGCUAAAAACCACUCAUACGGAAGGAACGGAGUUUACCGCGUCAAUGCAACAGUUAGGAACUCUCUUUCCUCCGCUUCGGCAGUACAAAGCAUCACCGUCCAAACUCGAAUUGCAGAUUUGCAGAUCUUCGCACCAAGGGUAACCCAUUCAACUGACAAUGAAUUGGUUAUAAACAUUUCAGUGGCUCAAGGGACUGAUGUCAAAUAUGAAGUUUGGCUUGAAAAUGAGAGAAAAAAGACAGCGAACGGACUCAGUGUAACUGUGGUGUUCCCCAGAGGAGAUUUAAGGCCUGGUGUCUCUUUACUCAACGUUAGUGCGUACAAUCUGUUACAAAGCCUCAACGAUUCAGUACAAAUUCAUUUAGAGACUCCCAUUUCAGGAGUAUUGUUUAAGUUGGAAUCUGAAACUGAAGCAGUCCAAGUGGCAAAAAAUUACACUUUCGUCUUACGUUAUGACAAAGGAUCAGGUGUCGAUAUAACUUUGUGGAAGAAUAUCAACGAAGGAAGUGUAUCUCUAGCACUCCAAAACGAGAAAGAGGAUUUGUUUCACGCGGUCAUAUAUCAGACACCUGGAGUCUUCAUAGCACGUUUAAACUGUAGUAACGUACUUGGGGGGAUCGUCAAAGAGAGAACCGUGAUAGCUCAACAUCCUGUCAAAAACAUUUCCAUUAACACCAACAGUCCAGUACCUCAUCUACCUGGCAUUAUUAACAUUACCGUGAAGCAGGACCGAAUUGUAGCAACUAAUGCAACUCUGAUAUGUUCGUUUGGCGAUGGAGAGACUAGUGAGAGACUGGAAUUUUCUGGAGAACUCGAAAUUUCUCACAGGUGACAAUGUUAAAAACGAUAGAGUUCUUUAGAUCUCUGACGAAUACAACAACUAGUCAUAGAUCGAGAUAUUGGGGUGAAUUUUUUCAGUCUAAUUAGGAAUGCAUUAGUAUAAAUGAACAAAGCAAUUAUAGCUUAAGAAUUUACGAGAAAGGAUAAUGUUCUAAUGCAUUCUUUUUAUUUAUAUUGGGCUAAUAAUCAAUCUGACACAACCGUCCCCUUAAAUUCUUUUAUGCACAUACAUUCUUAUGGUUUGUUUUACCUUUUUCCCACCAGAUAUGUUAUGGCAGGCGUCUACAAAAUAGUGGUGAGCAUAUCCAAUUUAGCUUCUUUUGUGUCAAAGGAGGUCAUCGUUGACGUGGUGAAAGUCAUUACCAUCAUGAAAGUCAAUGCAAAAUCGUCCGCUGCUAACUCCGUAUCAAGGUCGCCUUUACCUCACAAUACCUUUCCUACUAAAAGUCGAGUCCUCUUCGAAGCUGAACAUGAUGGAAAUAUGAGUGUAACACUCUUUAUUUUUAACUUUGGGGAUGGAUUUGAAAGGAAUGGUACAUCACACCGCAUCGCGGAAGAAUACACCUAUGUGUCGAAAGGAGAAUUUAAUGUCACACUUAAAAUAAUACAUCAAUUUGGAGAAAGUUGGAAUUUCACAGUGGUUACGAUAAAGGAAAGCAUUGCUGGCUUAGCGAUAUCAGACAACGCGCCAACAGUUUUAGGAGAGCCCACUACAUUCUUCAUGAACUGGACUCAACUAGGAACGGGUACUCUGAUUGAGGUUGAUUUCGGCGACGGAAAUAAAAGCAACAACAUUGUCGCAUCACCUGCAGGUGUUGAUAAACCAAUAGAUGCUUCUAUGCAGAAUAUCACAUUUGAGCAUACUUAUAAUCAAAUACGUCUUUAUGUUGUUCUAGUGCAUGGAUGGAACGAUGUUUCUUCCAUGAGAAUCUCCCAUCGCUCUGUGACUGUGGAGAAAGAAUGUAGUUAUCCCAGUCCUCAAAUAUUAAGUGUCGGCACAAACAUUAGCAGCGCUACAGAUACCAAGAAAGAUAAGGAGCUAAUUAUCUACACGAGAACGAAGGUAAGCUGCCAAGCGACAUACAAGACUAUCUUUAUUUGGAGGUUGGAACGUAAUGACUUCCAAGAAAACCUUUCUAUCAUAGAUGUCGAAACGGAUUUAAGCAAGCCAAGCUUAACCAUUCCUUCUGGUUCACUUCCAUAUGGAAUUAUCACCCUACGAUUUACAGCCAAAAUGAAAUAUUUCAUCGAUGGAAUUGAUACCAUUGCGACCGGGUAUAUCAAUGUUGUACCAGCGGCUCUCAAGGCCAUACUUUACGGUGGAGGGUUCCGCAAAGUCAGCUCUAAAAGAUGGUUUAGCGUUGAUGCCUUCAUGUCUGAAGACCCGGAUGUAGGGCGUGGAGACUUUACUGGAAUUAGCUUUCAUUGGUAUUGUAGACGAUUUUCCGAGAAUUUUCCCUCGAAUGUGGAGGCACUUCCUGCCGUUACAUUUAAAAAAAUCUCCUUGCAUUUGAGAAACGGAGGAUGUGAAGGAAGUGGACCUGCAAGGCUUAACUACUCGACAUCCGUUUUGAAGAUUGCGCCUGGGAUGCUUCGGGAGAACACAGUGUACGUUGUCAAACUGGUGAUCAAAAAAGAUACGCGAGAAGCUUCGUUUGAACAAACUCUUUCAGUUCUUGCGCAAGUCUUACCGGACAUUGCAAUAACGUAAGUAUCCGCAAGUGGUUAUCAUGAUUAUUGUACCAUUUGGCUGAUGAAGCUUAACUUGGAUUAGCUUAACUUUUUAGAGUAUGUUCUAAAAUACUCAAAAAAUAAUCCUUAGUGUUUCAUGAUAUUUGGCCAAUAAAGCUGUUUGUACGUUAACCCUUCCUACGGUUUGUGACAUGGGCCCUUGAAUCGGAAAAGAUCUUGAUAUUGGGAUAGCAUUUCUUUUGCAGAAAGGAGAUUGGGGCCUCUUCUUUCCAAGAAUUCCCGCCGUGACAGUCCAUUUUUACAGCACGCUGUGUGUGUUGAGAAAAUCGUGUCAGAGUGAAAUUAAAAGUGUUAAUAUUUCUCGAUCACCAGCCACAGUUAAUCUUUUUAUCUCAUCUGUUUUGGAAAUUUUCGAUUACAUAUUAAUCAGAACCUUCAAGUAUGAAACGUUACGAGAUUUAACGAUCCCUUUUGUUAUAGAUGCGAAGUAAACUGCGAUUACAAGGUUAACACCAACAAUCGGCUGUCUUUGAGGAGCAAUUGUGCCAACUGCCGUCAAGAAAAUUUCACCUCAGUGUCUUAUAGGUGGGAACUAUACGUAAGAGAUCAAGUCACAGGCAACUGGACACUUGAUCCCGAACUUGAUUCCAAAACACUGACCAACAGUUCUAAACAAAAUUUAGUUCUGAAGGAAAACAGUCUGGAUGUUGGUAGGAGAUAUAGGCUCGUAUGUUUAGCAGGCAGUGAAGGUGAGUGAGCAGAAAUCGCAUAUAGAAUUCAUUGAUAACUGGUAACUUUUUUCAUACACGGGUAAAAGUUAUUUCAGCAUUUUUGCAAAUAAAAUGUCUAAUUGUUGCUUGCUGAUCUAGCCAACGAAAUAACGAUGAAGUGAUAAAGAUGAGGUGUCUCAUUCAAAGCUGUGAUGACGUUUCACUUUAUGUGCGAAAAACCACCAUAUAUUUAACUUUUUUAGUUUAACUGCACUGUUUGUUUGAUUUACAGAACGCAAUGUGAAUGCACUUGUUUUCUCAAGCAUGAAAAUGCGGAAAAAAAAAUUCUUUUUUAAUGAGACUAUCCAGCCAACAAAUUGUUCCAAUUCUAAAUCUGCGUUGGAAAAUCGUCAACGAUCUUUGGAUGACACAUAAAUAAUUCAAUUCUGUGCAAAAUUUGAAUGUACUGAUGUGUUGUAUGGUUCUUUUGUAGAAGGCCAACAAGGUCAAAGUGAACACCAUUUUAUAACAAAUGUCCCCCCUCGAAACGGAAGUUGUACAAUCUCUCCCAUAGAGGGAAGGGUGCUGACGACCUAUUUCCAUAUCAAGUGUGCAGGGUGGAAAGACAUGGAUGGGCCGAUCGUUUAUAAAGUCUUUCGUGGCAGAACGCUCCUACAUCAUGGAAAAGAGGCAUCUUUGCCUCCUAUGCUUUUGACAACAGGUCCACGUCAAAACAAUUACACAUACUACUUGACAGUGAAUAUUUUUGACAAAUUUCACAGUCACAGCGCAACAGUGUUAUCAGUGACGGUACGUGAACAGCUAAUCAUUGAAAAGUAUUGUGUGAUUUCUUAAUUGUUGUUUGGCACUUAUCGUUGUAGGAAGAUUGUUCCUCUUACUGCAGCAGACUCGAUGAAAUAUUACUUUUUAUGAUAUCAUAAUAGUUUCCAACUGAAUUUUUAAGUCUGUCUUGUCUUUUAAGAAAAGAUUUAACUCUUGAUGUAAGAAAAUACUGGACUAACCACAAAAAUAUUGGGCCAUUUCUCGUCGGAGCUUUGUUUCCUCCGCGAAUGUGAUCGACCCUCACCAAAGAGAAAACAUAUGGAAAACCAGAAAGUUCUUACAUUUUAGCAGUAUGAACAAACAAACUAAUAAAAGGCCACAAAUUUACAUCAAUGAGAGCUCAAUUUCAGUUUGCAACCAACAAUUUCAGGUGAGAGAGACAACGAUGUCCGCUCAAGAUCUUAAGUCCAUGAUGGCUGAAGACGGUCUGGUGACAAACAUGCGCAUCUCAGGGGACCUACAAGGUGUUUCCCAGUUCAUAAUGUCGGCUGCCUCAGUACUUGCAAGCCAAUCUGCUAAGGAGAAGAACAACAAUGUUACUGGAGGAGAUGGAAAACUUAGUCAGCUGCAGGCAAAGAAGGAGCGUAAGGAGGUACGCUUAUUCUGUUUGAAUAUAAUUACCAGGAUGGUCAAAACCUAGCUGAAUUUUCCAAAAUGAAAAGGGGCCGAUGUUUUCCUCAUGUGUAACUUUUAAACAAGGAGAAUUAUCAAGGAUAAAUUGUACCAUUGUAGACGUCAGAAUUCUUACCCCAGCGGCAUGGGGCAUGCUUUCUUUCCCGGAGUAAAAUGCAAAACAUUAUAUCGAGCCGAGUAAUAUUGCCAAGGAGGUGAACCACGUCUUUGUGGAACAUUUUUGAAGCAUCUCAAACAUCUUUUACAUUUAAUCUCUGUUCUUCUUACAAAUCUCAUUAAGAAUUGGAAAACGCGAUUUGUAUCUAGAUGUUUGAACCGAUAAAGUGAAAAGCUAAGAAUUUCUCAUGACAAUUAAAGCUUGAAUUGUUUUUAAUCUAUUCUAGAUAAAGGAGGAAUUGCUCGGAGCUCUUGAUCAACUUGAACCUGAGUCAUUGGACUCGUUAGGAAUUUUGCUGGAGGCAAUGUCAUCCGUCACCAGUGAUGUCACAGAGUUAUCAAGCACAGCGCAGGUAAAUGGCAGACUUACUGAAGUCACUUGAUCGGAAGUGUUUAUAUCAUAUUAAGCUGCUUCUAACGUUCUUGUUUUGGAGUUUUGAAUUUGCUGAUGUUAAGAAAUAAUGCAUGAAAAUCGAAUGAAUUCGUAAAUACUUCCACGUCGUCGAUCUGCAGGUCGUUUAGCCAACUGGUUGAUCAUUCGGCAGUCAGGCCAGUGUGUUCGUCGAUGACUAUAUAUGGGAGAGCCUUCCAAAAAGGGGGUACCUUACUACGGGUUGAAAUUUUUAGGAUUGUGUGGGUUUCCCUUGCGGUAAAAAUUGUUGUAUAAAUGAUGUGGAGUAUCCCUCUUUAAACAACCCCUUUACCAAGUUUUUAAUUUACUCGUUGAAACGUAUAGCCAAGUCAUUAAGUCUGUAAAUUCUGGUUCAAACAUACCCUUGUGAUGUUGCUGUCUUAAUUUUUGCCCUUUUUUUUCUUGUAUUCAAUGACGUAAUUUGUAAAUGUUUGAUUACCAACCGACGUCUUAGUGAAUAUAUAUCCACAUCUUUUCUUCUUAACUAAUUUUUCUACAUCCUUUGUAGUCGAGUGCCUUGAGUAUCCUCUCAAAAACUGUAGCUACUCUCUCAACGAAGAAAAACGCUGAUUCGCUAGAGACAAUAAAAUCAAUCAGCGCUGGAGUAAUGGAAAACUUAGGUGCGUACAAGCCAUUCCUUCUUCCCUUAGUUGAAUAUUUACUUUUCCCAUGAGUCAGAAAAAUGAAAAAGACCAUUAUCAUUGCCCCUUUGGUUUUCCAAAAUUUAAACAAACUACAUAUUAUUGGGGCGUGAGUGGUCCAGUGGUCUGAGCGCUGGACUCUGGGUCGGACGGCCCGGGUUCGAGUCCUGGCCGGGGCACUACGUUGUGGCCUUAAGCAAGCCGCUUCACUCACCUUGCUUCGUCUUCUCGGAUAAGACGUUAAGCCGGAGGUCCCGUCUCCUGCAGGGUUUGGGGUAGGAGACGUUAAUUUCCCACGCACGAGAUUACUGUGUGAUGGAUGUCCUCCCCUGGGUUGGGUUGGGUGGAUUUAAGAGGGGUAGUGCCCCGUAUGGGACUCCAUGUCCCGCUGCACUAACCCAAUUGGCGUCUGUCUAUUCGUAGACGUACCCAAUAAAGUUGUUAUAAAGUAUAUAUUUCAUGAACAGGAAACUUGUUUGGAUCCUCGAAAUAUGAACAAGACAGGAAUACCCUGCAGAUGACGCAGUUAAAGGACAAGGAGCGAUCAAAGACAACUGAAGAAGAGGUAAUUAUCAAAUUUUAAUCACAACGAUCACGAUGGCAGAAAUAAUACUGAUGAUAAUUACAUUCUUUUCAUUACUACCAUUUUCGUUAAUAACAAUAACGAUAACGGUAGUAAUAACAGUGAUUACAAUGAUGAUAACUCAACAUCACAAAUCGUAAAAAUGUCUCGGGAAGAUUUGUUACGCUGGGGGUGAUUAAACACACCAGUCUCUUUUACCGAGACUGUGAACUCAUCAGCAUAACGAUACUAUCUUUGAAACCCUUCUUUUCUUUCAAGAUGGAUGAUCUGCAUCAAGACAGCAAGGAAAUUAAGAAAAAUGUGAGUAACAUAUUUUUCAGAUCGAAAUAAAAAUCAUCACUUACUUUAAUUUGCGCCACAUGUUGGGCAGCAUCAUUAAUAAUAGGGAGUUAAAGAAAACCAAGACGGUGACGGCAAAGGGAACGUCACUAGACAAAAGCUUUACUGAGCUGUGCACGUGCGUUAUAAAUUUCAUGACAUCCUCUGCUACGCAACGACGUAAAAUGAUCAAACUUGGCGCUGUCUGAAGAACGUGAAGGACGACGGCUAGUUUUCUAAAUUUCUGUUUCUUAUUUAACGCUGUAUUCCAUGUUUAGUUUCAAGAUGGUUUGGCAGCGAGAAACAAAUUAUAUGACUUUACAGUAUCGCGAGAUUCGCAGGUAAAAUAUGAGUUCAUUUUUUAACCGAAGUUGUCCACGGACUCGCUAUCGUCGUUUCUUAAACUCCCUUAUAUCUCUCAUCAAUACCAACAAGUACGGGCCUGAAGGAGGAAUUCUAGCGCGAUGAUCUCAGCCCUUUUCUCCCACCGAUGUGGUCUGGGUCAAAUUUCUAAAAAUUUCGCCAGAGUAAGUCGAGUUUUGGAAUUUUCUUCUGGUUCCUCGAUCUGCAAUUGCUUAAAACCUCAAUUCCAAAUUAUAUCCGGAAACUGCGGAAGGACUUCUCUGUUGAAAGAACAAGUGCUUCAACCAAAUUAUAUCUAAUCGUUGCCUUCUUUACAAAUCUUGCCUCGCUUAUUCAAUGUUUAUCCAUUUAUAAGUUUGUUAAUUGUUUGAGCCUACAAAUUGAUCUGUUUUCAGGAUGUAGCCGGCAUUAUGAGCUACGGUUUUUCCCAUACCGAGCUAAGUAGGGACAGUCUCUAGUUAAAAAUAUCAUUUUCUCAUGGUUUUUAGGCGCGUGCCGUGACUACGUCUGCGAUGAAAAUCCUGGACGACAUCUUAGACAUGAUCGUUGAAUUUGAAAUGCCCGAUCAAGAACCUCAACUGCUAGAAAGCGAGCGCAUGACUGCGCUAGUUUCGAAAGUUAGCACCGAAAGGCUCGCGGGCUCAAGCUUUUCAAUCGGUGAAGGAUCCUUUGUUUUGCCCUCUUCUAAAGACAUUGUUGACAUCUUGCGGGAUAAAGACUGUUACGUCGUAGCGAAGGUACAGAGAUAGUUAUAAUGAAAAAAAUUAUGUUACCUUGGUUUUCUUAAACUUUCAUAGUCCCCUUUGAGGUAACAUCUACAUGUAUAAAUGUUUGGUAACCAUUCUCCACUUCGGCCCAUUUCUAUUAGAGUUUCAUUCUCUUCAAAACUUAUAACAAUAAUAAACAAUGUGAUAGUGCGCAACUCUUACAGAAACAGGCGUUGCAUCUCUCUACUGUAUUCGCGAACUUUAUGCCAGAUGGGGGUUUGUGUACGAUGUAUAGUCUGCUUCACUCGUUGCCAAAAACGUAGCUUCGUGACUGUCCUGUGUUUAGUGAUAGUGCUGUCGAAGCAUGAAUUUUGUUUUUGUUUCAGGCUUCUUCUACCGAAAUUAAUUUGUCUAUUGUCUACCUGUUUGGAGAAAUUAAUCAUCAACCAGUCCUGGGUCAAAUAUCCCAUCUACCAUAUUAUAAUCUGACCUAAAAUGCCUUUGCUGCCAGCAUUUUGCAUCCUGACUCAGUGGAAAGUAACGCAAAAACUGCUAUCUGAAAAUUACGAGUUCAAGCCAAGUCGAUCAAAGCCUGAGUUUCAUCACCUGAACUUUGCUUAACAGCCUGUGAGGAUCCUUUCGUGUCACUAAUGUUGUUUAUCAUAUUCACAUCCGUAGCACUGCGAUUGAAAGAAAGAUUUUGCAAAUCGAAGGAACGAUUUUCUAAUAGUGAUUAUAUCUUUUAAGGGUCUUAACGCUAAAGAUAACCCUUUCAUCUGGGAUAACUCAUCAUCUGGCGUAAAGAGCAACUGCCUUGGACUCAAGUUUGAGGACUGCCAUGGGACGCCAAUCAACGUGACUCGUCUGCAGGAUCCAAUCGCUAUCACGAUACCACGUGAUGGUGCCGGCGAUUCACCCGAACCAGGGAAUUUCACCAUAGAAGAGAACACGAUGAAAACACAUAAAUUGAACAUUGACGAUCCCACUUAUGCAAUGAACGCUGUUAUACAGCCUAGUGCUGUUAACUGUUCCCACGAUUUCGGGAUCUUCCUUCGUAAAAAUAAGAAGCCGACAACAGACACGUUCGAUUUCAAUUGGACCAUGAGUGUGCCUCCCAAAGAGGCCGAGAGGAAAGACAGUUUUUCAUUUUCUGUUUCAAAUUAUCAAUUGAAAAAAUCGGCCUCUGACACUGGGGAAUAUUAUCUGGGCCUUUAUGCGACUCUCCAUGAAGAAUCCAAGAAGGACGAGAAAUGUCGGACAGAACUGAACUACACUUUGUUCACCUUUGUCUCAUCAUGCAACUUUUGGGACGAGAAAGAAGAACUGUGGAAAGCAUCCGGCUGUGAAGUAAGUUAGCAAUCAUUGAUGGAUGGCUCCUUAUUCUCAAAUAUAAACUUAUCAAAAAUUACCCAAACACUUCUUCGUCGUCUCAGCAACAAUGGAUCAUUAAUUUUGAUUUUCAUAAAUACAACACAUACACUUAAAACAGGUUUUUUGUCUCCUUUUGUUGAACAAAUGUUGCCCCCUUUUCCCUCAGCCAUUUUUAACAGUAACCGUUCUACCAUUUUUCCUAUUCUUCCCGUAUUCUAAUUUUUUUUUCUCGACUUAAAGAAAUUUAAAAGUUUCUACUUAAUUUUUAACAAUUAUCUCUUGUAUUAGGUUGGACCAAAAACCACCUACUCCUCUACAGAGUGCCUCUGUACUCACUUGACAAAUUUUGGCGGAGGCUUCAUGGUGGCUCCAAAUCCUAUAGACUUUGACUCGGCUUUGAAGGGUUUUACCGAUAUUGCAUCAAAUCCCACAGUCUUUGCCACAGUUAUCACUAUAUUUGGCUUGUAUUUUGUUGGAGCGAUCUGGGCAAGAUGGAAAGACAAGAAAGACUUACAAAAGGUAUUGCCUGCAGAAAUGAAGUUUUCGGGAACAUAUCUGAAAAUUUACUGCUUUCUAUUGAUUGAAAUCCAUUAGUGACGUUUUAAUAAACUUUGUAGUCAUUAUUCUCAAGCUUGACUUGCACUUGGAAAAAGACUUUCCCUCGUUAUGAUCAUUUUUUUUAUAUAAAAAGGGGGUCUCACCUUAAAACUAGCACCACUUUCUUUGAACGAAGCAAUUUCUGCGUGAGUAUUCCCUGAGUUAGUACGAUUAAAUACAUUUACCCUUUCACUUCUUUUCCAUCGACUCCAUUGAAAACUGCUCGUUUGUUUCCUUAGGUUGGAGUCACUCCCUUAUUGUCCAAUGAUCCUCGAGAUACGUACGGCUAUGAGAUCACUCUGCAGACUGGUUUUCAACAAAAGUCGAGAACAACUGCAGACGUGUUCAUCCAGCUGUUUGGCACUCUGGGAGACAGCGAGCCCAGGAUGUUGAAGGAUCCGAAGCGCCCGAAAUUCGGACGAGGGGAAAUCGAUCAGUUUCUGUUAACUGUUCCUCAGUCCCUUGGCACUAUCAAAGAAAUACACAUUUGGCAUAACAAUGCUGGAAGGUCGCCUGCCUGGUAUUUAUUUCGCGUGCUUAUCAGGGACUUACAGACCGACUCAAAGUGGUGGUUUAUUUGUGAUCGAUGGCUUGCUGUCGAGGAAGGCGAUGGUGCAGUCGAUCGAAAGCUUAACUUGGCAACCAAACAGGAACUGACAAGAUUUAACAUCUUAUUUGUGAAUGCUACCAGAAAAAAUCUCCUAGACGGACAUCUUUGGCUAUCAGUGUUUACACGCCCACCAAAGAGCACUUUCACUCGAGUGCAGCGAUUGUCUUGUUGCCUCUCAUUACUGUUAAGCACAAUGUUGGCAAACUUGAUGUUCUACCAAGUCGGUGCGGAUGACGACUCAGCCGCAAGUCAAUCGAUAUAUAUUGGACCAUUUAUUUUUAGCGUGAGACAGGUAAUGAUUGGUGUACAAAGCAGUUUUGUGGUGUUGCCGGUGAACUUGAUCAUUGUGACGAUAUUUCGUAAGCUUAAACCAAAGGAGGAAAACUCAAAGUCAAAAAAGUAUGAAGAGGUUGUAGAAGAAGUGAGCUCUUCAAGCCCAACAAUGGGUUACCACGACUUUCCUGUAAAAGCAGCUUCAACGUCUGAAAGCCGUGCAAGAGACGUGAUUAGCAGUAACUUACAAACGGCAGAGAUUACUUGCCCUGAGGAGAGUGACAAUCCCAAGAAGAAGGACCUGAAUUGGAAGACAUUAUUGAAAAUUUUCAGUAGGGAUGAUGACGAUGAUAACACGAAAAAAGCGAAGAAGAAGUUCUUGUUUCCACAUUGGUGCAUUUACAUUAAUUAUCUGUUAGUGGCCAUUUCUUCGCUAACGUGCGGGUUCUUCUGUAUGCUGUACGGCUUCCAGUUUGGGAAGGAAAAAUCAGACAAGUGGCUCACAUCAAUGUUAGUUUCAUUCUUUCAGUCCAUCAUCGUUAUACAACCGUUCAAAGUGCUUCUUUUGGCAGCGUUCUUUGCUUUGAUUAUAAAGGAUCCCAAUAAAGAGGAGGAACAGGAACAAGAAAAUGUACUGGAUCCUGUAUUGAACACUGACGAAGAGUUUAUCGAGGGUGACGCAGAGAAGGAACCACGUAAGAUCGGUCUACAAAGCAAACCGCCGGACGCAAAGAAGUUGGAAGCUGCAAGAAAGCUAAGAUUAAAACAAUGUGAAAUGAAAGCAAUCAUUAAAGAGAUCGUCACACAUAUUUUGGUGGUCUGCGUUGUGCUGGUCGUUGCUUAUGGCAACCACGAUAACAGAUCAUUUGCAAUGACUGAAGAAGUAAAAAACGUCUUGGUUACCAGUGAUUCAAAUAUCGCAUCAUUUAACGGGGUGAGGAAUUUACUGUUAUUAUUACAACUUAUUUCUAUAAAGUAUACUCGAGUGACCGUAUCAGUAUGAUCUACGAAAAUCAUCCUCGUUUUCUUUCAAGAUAUAUCGUUCGACUUGACAAAAAAUAGGCUAGGAAACGGUUUACUUACUAAUUAAGUGAGUGAGAUGAACCUUUCUCAGUGUUUUAACAUUCAUUGUAAGUUUACCUCAGCAGAAACCAAAUGAGAGAUAGACAUAGAAAGAGAGAGAUGGUUAGCUACUAAUUCGUUAGUUUUAACCUGCCUAAAUUUACCCAUAUACUGAAGUCUUAAAUCCAGCCAAGCUGAUAUAACUUAUCAACGACGCUUGUCGUUGACGUAAAAUACAGGAAUUCUUUUAUGGAAGAAGCAGUUCCAUGAUGUAAGGUUAGAUGAAUAUACGCCUAAUUGCGAGGUUUCAAAUUCCUAGUUAAAAUUAUGUUGUUCCUCCGGGCCUAGGAUAUAAUUCUGGCAACCAUUUGGCAGUAUGAUGAAAUAGAAGAUUUAACUACUUUCAUUCGUUUAUUUUCCAGUUGACGAGGCAAGAAGCUUUUUGGCGCUGGGUGGAAAACCUAGCUGUCAAUCUUUUUCCCUCGAGCUCAUCAGUCGACUACCCUUAUAUGGGCAUAAUAAAGAGCGGAGAAGUUUCGAACGUGCUGGGGCUUGGUCGCGUUCGACAACUAAGGAUUAAAAAGGGUAAAGAUUUCUCUUUUUUUUUUUUUUACAUCAUUUCUAAACUGAAGAGGCGAUUUAAAAAAAGGCAAUAAACAUAAAAAUUGAAUAUGAUAUGUUUACUGUAACUGAAACGUCAACUAAAAAGCCUCGUCCCUAGUUUUUUGCAAAGGUCAUAUCAUCAUAAAUGACUGUAAACCAUUCUUAUACUCUAAGAUGAGGUGUUGAUUCAGGGCUGGAUGAGAGAUACGUAAUGAAGCAGAGACACCCGGAAAUGCAACGCCCUUAGUCCCGUUUGAAUUGGCGUCAUAAACCUUGAUUCGAGAUCCUGUGGCCCAUCUUCUCGCAUAUUGUAACAAGAUCGUUCGAAAUUCCAGGUUGCCAUUCAUUUUGUCUUUCGCCCUCCGCUCAUACUUAUAUGCAAGGAACAUAAACAAUACCCGAAAGCAUUCCCAACACGUGAUCUUCACCGGGAAAUAAAACUUGUUAUCACAAAGCUCCUCCCUCGUAAUCUAAGCCUAAAAUCCCUCAAUAGACUGAAGCAUGGUAUAAUAUGAGGGUCUUUUAAAACGAAGGUAGUUUUAUUGCGUUCUCUUCUCAGAUACAUGCAAAGUUCCACUGGUUUUCACAACGUUUAUAACAGAAUGUAACGAUUAUUAUUCUUGGUCAAACGAGGAAAUGAAUGACUUCCUGCAAGGCUGGUCACCUCAGAACAAGACCAAACUCGAAAAAGGUAAAGAAACAAAACAAAUCUCUCCUUGGCAGUAUCAAGGCACUUUGGAAGCCAAUAGUUUUCCAUACUUGGGGAAAAUGGCUUCGUAUAGAGGAGGAGGCUUUAUCUUUGAGCUUGGGCCUGAUGAAGACGCUGUUUAUGGCGAGCUUAAAAAAUUGGAGACUAGCAACUGGAUUGACAGAUACACUAGAGCACUAUUUACUGAACUAAGCAUCUACAAUGUGAAUAUUAAUCUUCUCUGCGUGGCGACUUUGCUUUACGAAGAAUUACCCACUGGUGGUGGGCAACCUUUCGUCAACGUCCAAACAAUUCGCGCUUACAGGUACAUUGGGAAUUUUUCAGCUGCCCUCAUGGCUUGUGAGGUCAUAUUUGCAUUUUUGCUUUUAAACUGGAUCCUGAGAGAUGGCAAGAGGCUGUGGAGACAGAAAAAGUCCUUUUGGAAAAAUGUCUGGAACAUUGUCGAUAUUGCAAUAACGUCCCUUUCUGUGGCGUCUCUGGUACUCUAUUUUAUGCGACUUGUUUUUCUAACUUCAACUGUUGGAAAGGUGCGAGACGAUCCCUCGAAAUUUGUCAGUUUCCAGUACGUGGUGCUCUUAAACGAAGGAGUUAAUGCCAUGGUCGCAUUCGUCGUUUUGCUGUUGAACCUCAAGUUUCUUCGCUUAUUGAGAUUUAAUCGGAAGAUCUCCGUGUUAUCCAUGACAAUUAAAACCAGCGCCAGCAAGCUUGCCAGCUUUAUGAUAAUGUUCAUGGUGAUAUUUUUGGCCUAUUGCUUCCUAGUUUACCUCGUAUUCGGUUCUGCACUUGAAGAGUAUCGCUCCUUCAUAAGAUGCAUGGUAUCUUUGAUGUCCAUGGUACUGGGAAACUUUGAGUUCUAUGAUUUGGUGGCUGUUAAUGCUGUGAUUGGUCCAGCAGUCUUCUUCACUUUCAUGGUUGUGUUCCAGUUCAUACUUAUAAACAUGUUUAUUGGUAUUCUUUGUGACAGCUUCAACGAAGUUCGCUUUGAUUCGGAUAAACAAACCAACGAAUACGAAAUCUUACAAUUUAUUUCCAACCGCAUGAAAGCUCUAGUUGGAAUGUUCGUUGAACCACCUAUUCGACCGGAGUAUAAUUGGCCCAAGAGCGAUUUGGAAAAGAAGGUAGAAACGAUAGAAGAGAAAGCUGACACUACUAUGUACUUCAUGCGAAAUUUGUGUGACGAAGAUGUGCGCCAAAUAAAAUGGUUUCAACCUGACCUAUGGUCAAGAAAGAAGAGCAAAGUUAUGUCACUCGUUCUAAACUCGGAUGCUGAAAUCCUGGAGAACGACUUGUGCGACGGGAUUGAGGCUAUGAACAACGUUAUUGAAAAAUGUUCCGAGAACGAAUUGGACAGGAUGAUUGCUACCUCAAGGUUGAAAAAGAGGAUUGAGUCUGCGGUUGCUUCAGUCAUGAGUGGGAGUCUGGUGUCUGUUCAUGAGGAACCGGAAGAGGUGAUCUCGCAAGCUUCUCAAGACACUCUUAAUGAACAUGUGUUAACAGUGCAAGAAAUGCAAGGCUCACAGGAGCAAGGCUCACAGGAGCAAGGCUCACAGGACAUGUCCGAACACAGUGAGAGGGAAUCUGACGAAGAGGAGGAGGAUGAGAAAGAAAUCGAGGAGCAGUGGGAAGAGGAACUUGAGUUGUUGGAAGAACAUCUUGAAAACUAUACAUCGCAGUAUCAACCUUUCAAUACACCCGUGGUAUAUAGUGCUCUUUCGUUGAGGGGAGUCUCCGUCACAGGCAUGUUCAAAGGUACGCAAGACGUCGCCUACAGCAGGGAAGUGGACGAUAGCGUAAUGAAAAGCGUAGCAUCCCUGGAAAUUACUUCUUCCGCAAGACCGGAGCAGCUCGAAGAAACCCAAAGUAUUAUUGCAGAGGUCAGACCGCAAAGCAGUGAGGACGAGAUGGAGGAUGAUGUCUUCCAAAAUAGUUCACCACAGAGUGCAGUGGGAAAUACCUCUCCUACUUGGCAAAGCAUUUCAGCAUGGGCUCCUGGGAGAAGUACUGGGAACAACACCAUAGUAUACGUGGAAAAUGACAACAAAGAAUCUGGGUGCAGUGGAAAUGAAGACUAUACUACAGAAGGAGAAGAAGAGAUUGUUUCAAAAAGGAAAGAAAGCGAGGCCUAAACAUAUUCAUGCUUCUUGCAGCGUAAUCAUAUCGUUUAGAGACUUCAACGAUCGAUAGCUUGGUUUCGAUUUGCUCGAAUACUUCUCUUUGGACUAACCGGUUAACAAUUACCUAACGCAUUAUCAUCAAAUAUGUUUAUGUCUAAAUCAGAGAGUUAAAUACACAUGUUCAACAAGUUCAAGGGUUUAGCGAACAAAAUGAACCACCAAACACCAUAGAAUAGCGCCCCAAGCAUUAGCCGAAAUAACAAAUAGAAGAUACGAAAUAUAUCUUUAAAUUGAAAAAAAAAAUGCACGAGCCAACAAGUUUCUUAAUACUUAAUGGUUGAAAAUGUCUGACACAUCCCUAUAGAUGAUAUGAAUUUAGCAAGAAUAAUGUUAAGCUGAUGUCUUUAACCACAAGCAGUAGUUUAACAGGUUUGACUCAAGUCGGUAACCAUUUAAGCUUUUCGUCGUUACGGGGACAUGCUCAUGUUUAUACACAUUUACGAAAAAGAACAAUAAAGUAUAAAUUAAAUCACUUUUCUGGAAUUUUUGACGACAGUGUUUUUUCCUUAACUUUGCAAGCUUCAAAUUUGUAAGUGCUAAUUUUAAAUGAUGCCAAUUGGCGACCUACGCGUUGAAUUAGAAACGCUUUUUACUCAGUGGGAAGGGCAUAGCUGCUAGAACUGCGCUCACAUUUGAAGUUUGGCAAACUGAAAAGGAACUAAAGAGCAGAAAAAAAAACUAAGGACAGUUUUAUGUGUGCUCAAGGAGCACUACCACUCCCUUUAACCAAAAAUGUAAAGCACUAAUCUAAUACUUUAGCAAAGAGUUGAACUACACAAAUGAUACCAAUUGUGCCAAUAUAAGGGGGACUUUAUGGGCCCGAAGCAUAAAGACCCUUGUUAUGUCACCCCAAAAAAUACAAUUUGUUUCUUUAGCCGAUGGUUUAAUUGCUUAAUUUUCAAAACUUUUAAAAACCGCAUCUUGAAUGAAAACAGAACAGAUGUACGGGCCUGUUAAGUUACCGCGACCCCCGGAGGCGGAAAAAAUAGAUCCAAGCAAUGUCAGAUUAGCCUUCUUAUAUUUCUUUAACCCUUUAACUCCCAUAAGUGACCAAGACAGAACUUCUCCCUACAUUACCCACCCAAUUUCAAGCAGGCAAGUGAUGAGAAUAAAGAGAAAUAUCGAUUAGGGGACUACAAGUUGAUCCAAUACCAAAUUCUCCAAACUUACAUUUCAAGAGCAGUAUGGGAGACAGUAAGGAGAAUUACUGAUGAGAUCUUGGAAGUUAAAGGGUUAAGUAAUCCAUCCUUAACUGCAUUUCAACCUGUAGACACCCUUACAUUUUCAAUUUGUCCUCAACAUAUUUUUCUCUUAGGUUUUACUUGAUCAGUUAUGAGCGCGAGCUUCCGAAUAAAAACGAAACAGAGGCGAUUCACGUCAUAAAAGACACGCGAAGUUAUCACACGGAAUUACAUAAGAUGGGGUCGCAACAAAUCUACCUCGACUGCCAGUAUUUUGAAUGUAGAAAUUCGGCAAGCACGUGAAAUAAGUUCUUUUCGCGACAGUAUUUACCCGUUGAAAAGGAAAUAGCUUGGUGAUACAGGUGGACCGUUUGAAAAACGCAUGAAUCAGCAUGGAUUUUAAGGUCAUUCUUCUGUUCAUUCUUCAAUCCGUCAUUAUGGUCACACCACUCUUGUUCGAUAGAGAACUUGAAAUCAUCAAUUCGAAGUGGUCAGACCUUCCUGUAGCUGUGAGACACGUCGAAUUCAUCGGUACCGUUGAUAACGGUACACUAGAUUGUUUUAUUCCUGGGUUUAAAAAGUAUCGUUGGGAGUUCAUUAACAAAGCAAGUGCUGGGCCAUUCGCUGAAUCUGCCAGUCUCAUCCACGACGAGGAGAUCAAGGAACAUCAAACCGAGAUACGAAUUGGUAAGGGAGGCAUCCCCAUGGCAACUGAAAUGUUGGUGGUCUCUUGCGAGGCAAUGGUUGGAAACCGACCACGAUUUCAGAUUAUUUGGGUUAUAACUCGAUUGCAUUCACCACUUGGAUAUCCAACCGACCCCCGGGUGUGUUUCUUCCACCUGACUAGAUAUGAAAAGCUUGCAUGCGAUGAUUUGAAGUGGUGGUUCAACACGGAUUGCUAUUACAAUAAAGGAAAAGAAUACAGAGGAACUGCCUACAUCACAAAUAGUAAUCCGCCCCUUCAUUGUCAAUACUGGUACCAGGGACGUCCAAACUCUGGCAGCAGCAAUUACAAAGUGGACUUUGGCAAAGAACACAGAUACUGUAGAAAUCCAACUAACGAACACACUCUCUGGUGCAUCACAACCUCAACUAAAAGAAGCUUAAGGAAACAGUAUUGUGUCGUUCAAGAAUGCUCAGAUUGCAUGUAUGGAAAUGGAGAUGGUACAUUUGAUGUUUACAAUUUUGUUAAUUACAACACAGCAUAUCGUAUACCAAAGUUCCCAAAAUACGAGGGCCGAUUGAUCGAGACCCUGAAGGAAGACGAGAAUGGGGUGCCACGAUUGUGCAUGUCUGGUAAAGGAUGGGAGUUUAAUCUUUGUAGGCCGAGAAGUGGAAUGACAGGACCCCACUGCCUGAUAGCUAAAAAAAAAUCUCAAGAGUCUUUAAUAAAAAGUCGGUCUGACAGUAGGUUGGAAUGGGCAGAGUGCAGAAUCCCACAGUGUACAGUGAGACAAGUUUGGUUUCUAUUUUUCAACUCCUUCGGGCAACCUUACCUUAAAGAAUCUAAUAUGGAAGACGUGGAAAUAAUCAUCGUCAACGGAAAAAAAAGUGCAACAAUUAAAUUUGCGGCAUUUGGAAUACAUCGAGCCACAGGGCUCCGCAUCGGCACUGAAGAGUUACGACUAGUGAAAUACGCUCAAUCUUUUAUUCUGAAACCUCGAGUUCCUCCAAGUCGUCUAAGCAUUAUAGACAUAAGAGACGUGACGAAAAAAUACAGUGGAAAGUACUUUGUUCAGUACACAUUUGUGGAAGGGAAUUCGAAAAUUCAGCAAACAAUUUACAAGGGCAAUUUCAAACUGAUCGUGCGCGAACCGAUGAAGUUGUCAAUCACUCCUAGUAAGCUCGAACUUUGUCCAGGGGAAAGAGGCAGCAUGGACGUUCAAGUGUCUGGAGGUUUUAAGCUAAUGGAAGGCAGUAUCAGGUGGAAAUACGGAUAUUCUCAAAACAAUACCAAUCGACAAAUAUCAAUCGAGGAUCAACUAUUUGAGCUAUCCGCUGAUUUGAAGAAAAUAACCAUAAAAAAAAUCCAGAAAGACACUUGGAUCACGGUUUACGGGUCUUCUUUUGCAGGUGAAGCCAGUAACACGGCACAAUUCAAAGUUAAAGGUUAGUACCCUUUUUUCCUGUUUACACUCAAAAGUGAUUAAUAUAUAUUAUCCGGUCAGCGGGUGACGAAAGAAAGAGCCGAGUUACUCAGAGAAAAGUUUGUGGUUUAUACCUACUCUAGAAUUUUUCAUCCCGCACUAUUAAGGAAAACAAGAAAUUUCAAAAACCCCAUAGGGACAACGUUUGAAAAAAAUCGACUUUAUAUAUGUUAUCUGAAUAUCAUAAACUUGACGAUGAUUACCGCCGAUUCACGUACAUAAUAAGUUCCACGUCGAAAAAAAUUAUAUACCCUUGUACACGGAUAUUCCAAGGUCGCUUUUAUGCACGGGAUUUUAUUUUAUUUAUUUAUUAUUUUUUACUUCCCUUUUUGAUUGGUCCAUAAAUCUCGCGCCAACCUAUCAACCAAUCACAAAAACCAAUCGCGGUUUAGCCAUUUGAGUUUAUCGGCACCUCAACUGACUUUCUCACAAAAUGUUUCGUUUCGUUGUAGCGCUACCACAUAUCAUCGCCAAAUCACCAACACAAGUUUUCGUAUUCCAAGGUGAUGAAGUUUAUCUCACUGUGGACUCGGAGAGGGGCUUCGUGACUACAUGGACUUUUGAAGCACAAGUCAUAGCAGACAUUCCCGACGACCCAGAAAUGGCCUUCCAAAGAACGCUUCAAAACAACAUAGUCUCCGAAACCUUGGUGAUUACUUCGGUAGAGUGGAGACACUUUGGAAUUUAUGCUGUUGAAACCGAAAAAGAUGGCUGUAAGAAGACUGUAACAUUUCACUUGCAACAAGAUGAAGGUAAAGGUUGAACUUUAAUUGGUCCAUUUUGUGUCACGAAGCCGAAUAUGCCCCAGCAAAACCCGGGAACGUUCGUUAAUGUUCGCCAAAUGAUAUUCCCAAAUUUUCAAAAUUUGCGUCCAUUUCAAUCCAAUAAUUAUUCCUUGAUUAAGUGAAUUAAAGUUGAUGGUUAGUUUCGUUGUUACAGCAGACACUAAAUUGACUAUAUCCCUGAAGCCGCUUCUGAUGAAAACGUCAGUUUUUGACGAUAGGCUGUUAAAAACAAUUUUAUUCUUAGCUGGAUAAUAAACACGAUUGCCUACUUUUGGCUCAAGAAACGGUCGAAUGUUCUUCUUGGAAAUUAUCUGUUCCCCACAGCUCACGGUUCUCUUUGGAACAGGUAAUUUCUUAGUAAUUUCUUUCUGCUGACAUGUAUGCGUGCAUAUUUUCAAACCAAAUGAAGGCUAUCAUUCAUUUGUUGUGUUCUUGAGUUCAUUUUUUUUUUAUCAUUCUUACGUCUAACAGAAAGAGAAAUCAGUGGAGAAUCAGGAAUGCCAGAGGAAGAGAUUGAUAACAUAGAGAGUCCAGUGGAAGAUGAAAGUGAGAAAAAAUGUUCAGUUCUUGUUAAUAUCGGUGGAAAAAUUGUUUUUUUCUCAUGAAACUUAGAUACCUUGAUACUUUCAUAUUUAACUAAACACUCAUGCUAAAAUGCACGUCAAUCCUUUUCCCGCGAUAAUCGUAAAGCUUUGAACUCCCAUGAGUGACCAAGAGAGAAUUUCUCCUUACAGUGUCAAUGCAAUAUCAAGCAGAUAAGUGUUGAGAAUUAAGGAAAAUAGCGAUUAGGGGAUUUUUAGUUGAUCCAAUAUCAAACUCUCCAAACUAACAUCAUAAGAAUUGUAGUUAUGAGAUCUUGGGAAUGAAAGAGUCAAGCUAUGUUAAUUUGGAGAUGGGACAUUCACCUAAUUCUAUUACUCUACUGCUGAGACAUGACUUCAGCAAACCAUAUCAAUUUUAAAUGGAGCCUUGAAAAUAAUGCGAAAUUUUCAAUUGUUUUGUUUUACUGUUUCAUGAUUAGUAAAAAAAAAAUCACGCUGCGCUCUUAACCAAUCAGAAUGAAAAUUACUUGUAUUGCUUCAGGCAGUUUCCUUGUUUAUACUCUGAGUUUCCAUAGGCCCUUGCCCAUAUUGGCAGCUGCAGUUGCGUUGGUUUUAAUUUUCGAUUCUCAAUCGAAAUGUAUUGAAACUUUUCCUCACAAGUGUGAAGUUUUUUUCUGUGGUUCAUAGCAAUGUCUUUAGGGAUACAGUUCUUGUAGUCAGGCGCCUGAUCAUAAUUUUGAAUGUAAUAAGUGUUCAUGGAUUUUUGCAGGAUUCUGUACCGCAAGACACCUAAAUUUCAGCGAAUACCAGCAAAGUAAUUAUUCAACAAGUUGGAUGUUUGGUGAGUGGAUAAUACAGUCUCUUUCUUACACAGAUAAUUUUGAUAUCUCUUUUCGUAACAUGCGCUUUUAGGCUUGGCUAAAUGUGUAUCCUCGUGGCUUAGAUGCUCCUGAACCAACGAUUCUCGAUAUUUUAAAAACGUUUCAUUGAGUGCUGAUUAGCAAACUCGGUUCCAGUGCUAUGAAAACUAGACAAAAACUAUUGCAACCUGUCAUCAGGUCUUGAGUCAGCAUGUAGUAUAAUGUGGCCAUAGAUUUUUGAUUCUAUGUUUAAGUACCCAAAUUGAUGAAGCUAGGAGAGCACAAAUGAGGAAAAACACACGCAAAAUUAUGUUUUUGUGACAAAACAACUCUUUAAAGCUUGGAUAAAGACCUUAAUUUUAACACUGCCGUCUCAUCUCAAAUUCUUAGCUUAUAGAUUAAACAGGCAGGCAUACAACUCUCAGUAAAAGUUAAUCCCCUUAGGCAUCAAAAAAUUAGAAAAUUGUGUGUAUUGCUCAUGACUUUGUUUCUGAGCAGACAUACCGUGUGGAAACGAAGAAGGAAACGUUCAAGAAAAUAACGAACCUUAUGGGCAUCCCAUCAAAGAACUGUCCCUAUGCAGCGUGAUCACGAGUUAUAGCUUUAUAAGCGACAUAGACAGACCUCACAAAGUUUACAUACGGGUAAACGAGUCUAGUCCGUUGGAGGAGUAUGUCGGUACCGUCAAUUUCAUGAAGGUAUUUUGGAACAAUACAAUGCAAUAAUACACCUAAAAUAGGCUUUAAGUGUUAAGAAAUUAUUUUGCUGGUGUGAAUGGGGUAUAGGUCUCAAAGAACACACAGCGACUGGUGGGGAGAGUUAAUUGCCAAAUUAACAUGCCGUUAGCUGUUAUGAGUUUUAUGAAAUAAUUUUUUGAGUAGUUGUUUUGUUUGUUGUUUUAGACAGGUUAUUUUCAAAGUAGCUCCGGACAUGACCUACUGCAUUACUAUUACUUUCCUGAACCAGUCGCCGCUCGUUUCAUACAGUUUACCGCUGAUCAAGUUGAGGAUUCAAUGUGCCUUAGUAAAUUAGCAGUCAGCGGCUGCUCUUUAGGUAAGCGGGCGAAAAGUUAGAAUUGGCUUGUAUUUUAGGGCGCGAGUGUCCAACAAAGAUUCAGAAUGUAGUCAACUUUUUAGUUACACUCAUCACAUUUUCGUUUUCAUAGUCAAGUCUGAAUGCAAGCCCGAAAGUUUCACAAUUGAUAGUAUAUUGUGCAACGACAUGCACCGCUCAAUGCUCAAAGAAGGGCAAGUCAAGAAGCUGCCAGCUUGUAGUUUGAUCACCAGCUACCAGUUUCAGUCUAAUGGAAGGAUGCGUCACAUACUGCUGACAAGCAACUCAAAUUCCAUGGUUCUAACAGAAUACGACGGAUAUACUGAAGCUAAGGUAAGUGUCUAAUUCUAAUGCAUAUUACCGAUGGUCUGUUGACUAUGGACGAUGCGACACGAAAGCGUUUCAAAAACGGAUGCCACCUUAACUGCUAAGCAUCAACAAUGCGCGUCUAAAGGUACGAGAAAGAAAAAAAACAUCAGCGACGAGGAAGUGUCAAAGGCUGUCCGCUUCGUGCGAGUCAGUAUAGAAGAAGUCCGAGAUUUCUUUGAUUUUACUUCACUAGGCUUUGUGAUUGGUCCACGAAACUCGCCCCAAAUAUAUCACCAGACCCCCCUAUGGCGAGACAAUCUCUUAAAUGGUCUAAACAGUUUUGAUGUAAUGGUAAAUUUUACGUUUAAAGUUUCUCACCCUAAAAGCCCCCAAACCUUGUGGAGUAGCGUUUUAAACACAUUAUACUGAACCUGUUAGUGUAGAGCACAACAGUUAAUUUUUUGACAGAUCAUUUUUUAUGGUUUACAUAAUUUUCAGGUGGAGCAGGCCGGGGGGGAAUGGUUUUACAACAAUACCUUAAAUGAGCCAAUCGCGGCUCGAUAUAUCCAGAUUGUACCCGACCGAGCUGACAAGUCCCGUUCGAUAAAAAAUCUGCAGAUCAACGGCUGCAGAUUAGGUAAGUUAGCUCCUUUGAAGAUAAUAUCAGUUUAUUUUUUGUUAAUUGAGAGGAAGCCCGUUAUCAGAAAAAAAAUCCACUCACAUGUGACCAAGUUAAAAGAUCGACCUGGCUUACCCUAAAUGGAUAAUCUGUGACCCGAUUUGGAACAAAGUCUCCAUUACCGUGUUUACUUCUUGUUUCAAAGCGGUCUUACACCAUAGCUAAAGCAGUCACAACAAAUCAGAGCCAAGAAAAUAAUACAAGGAUUCACAGAAAAUUAGAGAAACGUGACUGACCAAGUCGAAACUGGUUUUAGUUUUGGAUCUGAUUGAUUUGGAGAAUAGCGCGUUUUUUCUGGACCAAUGGCACAGCGAAGGAAAGCAGAUCCAGAUCAAUCUCAGAUUGCUUCUAGUUCCCAAAUGAAAAUUGCUCGAUAAAACUGUUUUUUUUUUUUUUGCUAGAUAAGAAGUGGUGCAGCAUUGAAUGGGAUCAGUUCAGAGAGCUUGAAAUAAAGUGUAAUGAAGGAGAGAUUACCCCUAUCUACAGCGAACAUCCACUCUUUGAUUUUCCAUCGUGUAGUCUGAUCUCGAGUUACCAGUUUAUUGCAAGAACACAACAACAUGCUUUGUUACUGAGCGGCAAUAACCCCGCACUGCUGUCAAGCUUUCGUGAAGGCCUUGAUAUUGAGGUGGGUUGCUCUAUGUUUCUUAAACCGCGAAAAGACAAAACAGAAUCUGAGCUUCCAAUGAGUAAUCUAACCCCAGACCACACCGCACUCCGAUGCUCCAUUAUGAGCACAACUGAGUUACGGAGUAAUCCAUGUUGAGCCACAUUGUGACAGGGUUCCUGCAUGGAGCUUAAAUUAGCACUAUUAAAGGCGUCGAAUGCGUGAAGUUAAAACUCAUUUCAUCCACAUUUUAGUCAUAUCACUGGAAGGACGAAGAAUGGAUUUUUGUUUGCAAAUUGAAAUCUCCUGUGGCGGCUCGUUAUCUCCAGUUUCUAUGCGGAGAGACAAGAAAUUUGAAUGCUACUUGUGUGAACAGGUUAACCAUCACUGGAUGCCCAGUAGGUAAGCCUGAGUGCUUUUUAACAAGCAGCUGAGGAGGUCAGUAAAUCAAUGUUUCGCCCGGGAAUUAUCUUAUUUGUACCUUGCUUACAGAAACAUACCGCAAGACUCCUACGCUGAAAGUAAGCACGACCUUUAGAAAAGACUUUAAUUUUUGCGUGUGUUCUAAUUUUUUUCGUCAAUGAUUUGGACAAGGGUGGGAGGGGACAACUUUUUCCACGAUUUUGAUGAGGGUAGAUACUGCUCAUUACCUCAUAUUAAAAAAAUCCAGAUAAGCUUUGGCAGCUGUGGGAGUCAUUAUGGUAUACGUACGUCACCCCCUACACAACUUAGGUGAAGAGAUCAUCCUUCCAUCUGUUUGGUCAUUUAGCGGUUUCCUUUUCCAUUUUCUAGAGAACUCUUGGUGUAGAGAGCAAUCAUUUAAGACUGUCAUCGAGGAAUAUCUCGUGGAAAGUGAUUACUUUGACACUGGCAUGGGGCGAGCUUUACUGCAGACAGCAGGAUUAUCCGUGUUAACUCCGCUUUGGAUGUUCCUGGUUGGAAAAUACAACUUAGAUAGAAGGUAA